GUAACCAACCCCUUGCGCCUCUCCCCGUUUAUCGCGCCGGGCGGCGCAGCCUCCGCCGCUCUCCUCCUCCUGCUUUCUCCUUCCCGCCGGGCCGGGCCGGGAAGGGCUGCUCCGCGCCGCGAAGGGAGCGCGGCUCCGCUCGUCUUCCCGGCAUGAUGGCGUCCCUCCGGCAGCCCGGGGGACACCCAGGGCCGCUUGCCAGCCGGCCGUUCCCGGCUCGAAGUUUGGGGGUUCUUUGCCAGAAGGGUUUAGAGUCAUGAGGAGGUUGUGCCUGUCAAGGGGGGAUGUCAGCCCCGCCUUCCUGGGACUGGAGAACUGAAAAGGGGGAAGGACCAGAAUUAUUUGAUACAGGCUGCUUUUAACUACUGACACAAUCUGCUCUACCCUAGUGGUGGUGGAAGAACAGGAGAAUCUCUGCUGCUUGGUUCUGUGGUACCACCACAGUGGGGUCACCAUGAAUGUGACAAGUUUAUUCUCCUUCACCAGCCCAGCAGUGAAGAGGCUGUUGGGAUGGAAGCAGGGGGAUGAAGAAGAAAAAUGGGCAGAAAAGGCUGUUGAUGCAUUAGUGAAAAAACUGAAGAAGAAAAAAGGUGCUAUGGAGGAACUGGAAAAAGCAUUAAGCUGUCCUGGUCAGCCCAGCAACUGUGUCACAAUUCCUCGUUCCUUGGAUGGUAGGCUUCAGGUUUCGCACCGGAAAGGGCUACCACAUGUAAUUUACUGUAGAGUGUGGCGCUGGCCGGACCUUCAGAGCCAUCAUGAACUGAAACCACUGGAAUGCUGUGAGUUUCCCUUUGGUUCAAAACAGAAGGAGGUUUGCAUCAAUCCCUACCACUACAAGCGGGUAGAGAGUCCUGUCCUUCCUCCAGUGUUGGUUCCAAGGCACAGUGAGUACAACCCUCAGCACAGCCUCUUGGCCCAGUUCCGCAACCUGGGACAAAAUGAGCCCCACAUGCCGCACAACGCUACUUUCCCGGACUCUUUUCAGCAACCCAAUAAUCACCCGUUCCCCCACUCGCCCAACAGCAGCUAUCCAAACUCGCCUGGAAGCAGCAGUAGCACCUACCCACAUUCUCCAGCCAGCUCAGACCCUGGAAGUCCUUUCCAGAUGCCAGCUGAUACACCGCCUCCUGCUUACCUGCCUCCGGAAGAUCAGAUGACACAUGAUACCUCCCAGCCAAUGGAUACCAACAUGAUGGCACCUGCAAUUCCCCCUGACAUACACAGAGGAGAUGUUCAGGCAGUUGCUUACGAAGAGCCGAAGCAUUGGUGCUCCAUUGUCUACUAUGAGCUGAAUAAUCGUGUUGGUGAGGCGUUCCAUGCUUCUUCCACCAGUGUCCUGGUGGAUGGCUUCACUGAUCCUUCCAACAACAAGAACAGAUUUUGCCUGGGGCUGCUCUCGAAUGUUAACCGCAACUCCACCAUUGAGAAUACAAGGCGGCAUAUUGGCAAAGGUGUUCAUCUCUAUUAUGUUGGUGGGGAAGUAUAUGCUGAAUGUCUUAGCGACAGCAGUAUCUUUGUGCAAAGUCGGAACUGCAACUACCAUCAUGGGUUCCAUCCCACAACAGUCUGCAAAAUCCCCAGUGGCUGCAGUUUGAAGAUUUUCAAUAAUCAAGAGUUUGCUCAGCUUUUGGCUCAGUCGGUGAACCACGGCUUUGAGACAGUGUAUGAGCUUACGAAGAUGUGCACUCUCCGUAUGAGUUUUGUGAAGGGUUGGGGAGCUGAAUAUCAUCGCCAAGAUGUGACAAGCACUCCAUGCUGGAUAGAGAUACAUCUUCAUGGUCCCCUUCAGUGGCUGGAUAAAGUACUUACUCAGAUGGGCUCUCCUCAUAAUCCUAUUUCUUCAGUGUCUUAAAAGGUCCCAAGCUCCUGCCUUUUGGAAAUAAUUGAGCCUUGCAUGUACUUGAAAGAUGUAUGAGUCAGACACACGCAUUUUUAUUCCCCCUCUCUCCCCACCCCAAACUGGCAACAGCUGAAUAAGAGCCAUGAAAAUACUUGACUUCUGUGACCAACUGUUGGAUUCAGACAAAGAAAAAAAAAACCAACAGCCCUUUGACAUACUGUUGCUAUCAAGAAUUUUAGUUUACAUUGUAAUGUACUAUUGAAAAGUUGAUUUGUGGGGCUUAGAGCAACAGGGACGACCGAGCCAAAACCACAAUCUGUCAGACCGAGCUCCAGAAAGAUCUUCCAGUAGCUGGCACUCUGAGAUUCUCUUUCAAUUUCCUGUUGUUAUCCCCUUGUCCUCUGGGGUGAUGUUGGUGAAGCCUGCUCUUUGCAGGCUCUCUGCAGUACAUUUUAAAACCAUUUGUCUAAGCUGAUGGUUGCUUUUCUCUCUAAAAGGAAAAAAAACCAAGAAAAACAACUCAUAAGGUUUAAUCUCAGUAACUGUGUAAUAACCUUUGAAAUUGUGUCAUGACCAUACUGCUGUAAGAACGUUAGGUAUGUUUUUGCUAAAUGUAUGUACGGUGUAUUUGAAAGUUUAGAAAUUAAUUAGAUUUAGACCAUAAAGGAAUUAGGAAUAUUUGAUGGGGGGGAGGUGGGAGGGGGAAGGGAAAAUGACAACUGAAAUAAAUGUAGGAUAUAUUGUAACCAUAGCUUGUUAGUUUAAACUGAGGUCUGAGUUUUGCUGUGCAUUUCAUUUUUAUAGUGGCUUCGUCUUGUUAAUUCUGACUAAUUUUGCCUCUUCGUUUUCCCCCCAAAAAAUCAUGCAGCUGGCUAAUUCUUUUACCCAUGAAGAGGGCAAAAUGAUUUAUUCCUGCAGUAUGUGAGAUGCAGCUCUAUGUAUUUCAAGACAAAAUUGUAUAGAGUGCUCUUAAACUAUUGAGCGGUUUUAUACAGUUUAUGUAACAGAAGUAGGCUUUUAAUUUUGUAAGAGAAUCUUGUUUUGCCAAACCUAGUAACUGUUGAUUGUUUGGAGGACUUAAAAAUCCCUGUGUGGGUCUAUUUCAAACUUUAAAGAAAACAUAUAUUUUUAAUUUUAUUUUUUUUUUUACUGCUUGGUUUAUUUUCUUCUCAUUGAUCUUUUAUAUUCAUGUAAGCUGUAGUACUUCAAGUACCUUUAUUCCAAAACUAGUGGGUCCUCUUUACUGGAAGUUUUGAAUAAAACCUGUUGUUACUGCUUACAUUUGAUUAAAA